AUGGUUUCCGCGAAGAAGCACGUUCCUAUCGUCAAGAAGCGCACCAAGCACUUCAGCCGGCACCAAAGUGACCGGUUUAUGCGCGUUGACUCUAGCUGGAGAAAGCCCAAGGGUAUUGACAGCCGUGUUCGUCGGCGAUUCCGGGGCCAGCAGGUCCUGCCGUCGAUUGGCUUCGGCUCCAACAAGAAGACCCGCCACAUGACCCCGUCUGGACACAAGGCCUUUCUUGUCAGCAACGUCAACGACGUCGAGCUUUUGCUGAUGCACAACCGGACAUACGCCGCGGAGAUUGCCCACAAUGUCUCCUCGAGAAAGAGAAUCGAUAUUAUUGCAAGAGCGAAGCAGCUGGGCGUCAAGGUGACCAACUCGAAGGCUAAGGUUACGACUGAGGUGUGA